CUGCAGCAAUAAUUUGUUGCAGUUAGCAUAUGGUAUAGAAGUCUAAGAUUGCUGCUCGUCAAAACUGCUAACUGAGUUUAAUAAUUUCUUUUUUGAAAUGUCUACCUCUGGCCCAUAUUUCGCAACAGCAGGCGAUGAUAUUAAAAUAUGGGAUGCUCAGGCCUUUCAGGUGGUCAAGCAGUUCAACUAUCAUAAAGGAAAUGUGAAGGAUAUAGCAUGGAGUAGGGACAACACGAUGAUGUGCAGUGCUUCUGCUUCUGGUGACAAGCUCCUGGUAACAGAUUGUCAGCUGAACCAACAAACCAAACCAAAGAUUGUGGCCGAACACGCAAUAGAUGAGAAUCAGACCUGUGUACGAGUAUCUCACAGUGGGAGAAGAAUGUAUUCAGGAGGUAUGGGGGGCGAUGUUAAUGUGUGGGAACGUGAAACAGGACAACUCAAGAAAUCUUACAAGGACACUCACUCAAGCCCUGUAACUUGCAUCGCCGUGAAUGAGUACGAAUCCCACGUUGCAUCAGGUAGCAACAAGGGUGAUAUUGUGAUCAGGAAUCUUGGCUCAAACGCAACCAGUAAACCGAAGUUAAAAAGUGAGGGACAAGCAGUUCGGUCGAUGGCAUUUUCACCUUGGAAGCAUUCACUUGUUGGCAUGACAAUGGAUGAUGGCAGCAUCCAUUUAUGGGAUACUUUACAAUCUGCAUUAUAUCAUGAGUUUGUUGAAAUACAUAACGCACCAGCCAUGUCAUUAUCGUUUUCACAUUUUAAUGAUUUGCUCGUCUCUUCUGUUGGACUUGACAAGAAACUUAUUAUAUACGACACCAAAAGCAAAAAGUAUUUAAACAAAGCAAGUUUGGACCAACCUCUCACUUCAGUAGCGUUUAUGUUAGAUGGUGUAACACUCAUUGCUGGGUCAUCGCUUGGUCAAAUCUACCAACUAGACCUCCGAUCAAUGAGCAAGCCAGUCAAGGAGGCGCUUGGCCACUCCACCUCGGUCCAGAGGGUCGCGGUUCAAAACUCAGUAAAGGUUAAAAAAGAGCGAUCUUCAAGCAAACGAAGAGUUGUGACCGAAAAAUCAUCGAAAACGGUUUCCUCUGACAGCGAAAGUAAAAUUUGCACCCCUGCACCUACUCCUAUCAUAGGUUUACAUGAUCGUCCAAGCCAGCGCUCUUUACCGCCCUCAUCUGGCAAACCAACAACAACGAGUACUCGUCCACAGUUGCCGAAUACUUCUACUUUUUUAACCAAUACAGGUUCACCCCCCAUAGCAGUAUCCACUCCUUUCCCCAACAUAUCAACCCCAGCAGCACACACAUUAAGACAUCAUGCUGAUGACUAUGGGGACUUGAUAUCUCCUGUAAGAGACGAUGCUUUUGGUAGGAACGAUCACGAAACAUCCGCAGGGCAACAAGGGUCGUUCUCCUUUUCAACAACAACUGGGUCCUUUAACGACGAUAUAGUUUCACCUGUUGCGAACCACACGAAGGCAGUAAAGGGGUUUCAAUAUCAUGGCAUUGCCGGUAAACAAAGCAACACACGUACGUCGCCCCAUCCAUUACGACAAUCCAGCAACCCCGGUCUUAAUGGGCACAGUAAUAAAGCAGAAAACCAAACCAAGCCAGCAGAGCUUUCCAACCACCAGAGAAUAAAGAUGGAAAAGUUAGAUGUAACAGAUGGUGGAUCUGUUUCAUUACAGACUACACUGCAUCAUUCAAUUAAUGAAAGUAAAAAGCAAGAUCCUGCACCUGAUUCAUCUCAAGUUAGGAUAGAAGAAACCAAAUCCACUGCAGUCGAGGAUCAUAAAGAGAAAGCUGAGACCUCUAACCAAGCUGUAGCUAGUUCGAAACCAGAUGCAGCUUCCUUUCAAUACCAAGCAGAAUUUAUUCGGAAUAUUGUUAAAGAUCUAGUAGAUGAAAUGAGAGAUGAUGUUCGCUCUCAAGUCAACGAGCUUUCUACCCAGAUGGUGAAACUUUCCAUCUUCCAGGAGGAUCUCUUCCGGGAGUUACUUCUCCAGAACAGAUGCGGGAUCAAUGAGCAAUUAUUGGAAGAGCUGGAGAGAGUGAAACAGGAGAACGAAAGAUUAAAACGGAUGCUAAGAUGAAACACUUCUCUUGCCUUGGCUGUGAUGUGGUCUAGUGCCUUUCUUUAUACUUUACUUAUUAGAGAAUAAAUUUAUUGCGUAUAAAAAA